AUGGCGUGGGCGCGCUGGGGACAGGCGCUGCACCGCUCGAUGGCGGCGCUGCGCAACGAGACGGCGCGCAUUAUGCGUAUGGAAGUUACGUCUGAGCGCGCCGAGGGGGCGCAGCUGCUGUACCGCAUCGCGACGCCCCAGGAUGCGGCGCAGGUCGCCACCGGCUCCGACUCGGACAUUGGCGGGCUGUCGCGGUGCCAGUUCUCGCUCGAGAGCGAGGCACGGGACGACGGCGCGCCACGAACGUUUGGGCGCUUCUACGGCACGAUUAGCUCGCAGAUUCCGCGCGGCUCGCGACUGGAGCGCAGUGGGUACGCGGCGUUCCGCAAUGUCAAGCGGCCGCGGCUGUUCAGCGUCGAGGGAUGGGACACGACGAUGCACCCGUAUCUUGCGGUCAAGGUGCGCAACCGGCUGGCACGCGCGGCCGAGCCUGGCGCCGGCGCUGGCGCCGGCAGCGGCGCAGGUGCCGGCGCAGGCGCGUCGCUGCGUGCGGCGCUGCAGACCCAGGACGGCACAGGCAGCACGCUGGCGCGGGCCGUCGAGGCGCUGGGGUGCCAUGCGGAUGGCACGGCGACCGCCGCGCCGCCGCUGCUGUAUGUGAAUGUGCAGACGGACGGGCCGGUGACGACCGACCUGUACCAGCACCGCCUGCAGCUCGACGAGCGUGUCGGCCCUGACGAGUGGCAGACGAUCACGAUCCCGCUCGAUGCAUUUGUGCUGACCAACACGGGCGUGGUCUCGGACGUGCAGGUGUCGAUGCUGCGGGAAAAGGUGCUCACGGUCGGCCUCAGUGUGCUUAUGGAGCCGCCGCAGCUGCCGGCAGGCGCAGCGCCGGCGCCCGCGGAGCCGGCGGUGCGACGCACCGCCGGUGCGGGGGCACAAGCGGCAUGCCUCGCUCCCCUUUGA